GUCCCGUCAGGCAAGCGCCGCGGGCAGCCCGGGCCUGCGCCCGCCGCUCCGCCCAGGCCCCGCUCCGGUGAGCGCCGCGCCCGCACCGCCAGGCGCUGGGUCCCCCGCGGCCUUUCCCGGCACCUACCGACCCCCCCGGCGAGCGAGUGGCGCCUCUCGGGCCGGUUUUGCGGCCGCUCGGGUCGGGGGGGGUCAGUCGCCGGCCCAAGCCCCUCACCGGGAGCCGCCGCCUCCUCCCGGGCUGGGCCCCUGGGGCUGCCCGGGGCCUCCGCCGCCCCCCCGGGCUCGCCAGCACCGGCGGCUUUGCGGGUCGAGAGCGCCCCGUCGCGCAGGAAAGUCAUCUUUUCCUCUUUUUUUUUUUUUUUUUAUUUAUUUUGUUCGGUUUUUUUCUCCUUCCUCCCUCAGCAGCCGAUCGUCCGCGGAGCCGCUGCCCAGGAUGAGCCGCCUGCGCUGCCCCGUGUGUCGGCAUCCCGGCCCGGAGACGCGGCCGCGGGGGAUGGGAUCGCACCAGCUUUGAAGCGUGCAGACCCGCCACUGCUAUGGGAGACUCUGUUGCAGAACCAGCUCGAGGGACAGGCUUGGAGCAGGCGCCUGGCUCAGCGCCCCAGGGGAAUGGCGGGACGUCUCUCAGCGUCAUCACGGAAGGCGUCGGGGAGCUGGCAGUCAUCGAUCCCGAAGUGGCGAAGAAAGCCUGCGAAGAGGUCCUGGAGAAGGUCAAGUUGAUGCACGGCGUCUCCUCCAACAGCUUAAAAGCGGCUGAUGGCAGCGAGGCAGAGCGAGCGCCACGGCCAGCGGUGGAUUUGGCCAAUGGAGACAUUGGGGAGGGCUGUGAAAUCAAGUGCUUGGACGAUCCGCCUGGCACGGCCUCUAAGAUCCAGGAGGAGGACGAGACCACGGCCAACACGGUGAAAACCGCCCGGAAACGGCAGAAGAAUAACUCUGCAAAGCAGUCCUGGCUCCUCCGGCUCUUUGAGUCCAAACUCUUUGAUAUCUCCAUGGCCAUUUCGUACUUGUACAAUUCAAAGGAACCUGGUGUGCAGGCUUACAUUGGGAAUAGGUUGUUCUGCUUUAGGAACGAAGAAGUGGACUUCUACCUGCCACAGCUGCUGAACAUGUACAUUCACAUGGACGAGGACGUGGGAGAUGCGAUCAAGCCCUACAUCGUGCACCGCUGCCGGCAGAGCAUCAACUUCUCCCUGCAGUGUGCCCUGCUGCUGGGUGCCUACUCCUCAGACAUGCACAUCUCCACUCAGCGACACUCCCGCGGGACCAAGCUGCGGAAACUCAUCCUCUCGGACGAGUUGAAGCCAGCUUACAAGAAGAGGGAGCUGCCAUCGCUGAGCCCAGCGCCCGAUAUGGGGCUGUCUCCUUCCAAAAGGACUCACCAGAGGUCCAAGUCGGACGCCACCGUCACCAUCAGCCUGAGCAGCAAUCUGAAGCGCACAGCCAGCAAUCCCAAAGUCGAAAGCGAGGAAGAGGAGCUCUCCUCGAGUACGGAAAGUCUCGAUAAGCCAUUCUCUCCCCCUGUCAGACUUGCCCCUGAGAGGGAAUUCAUCAAAUCCCUGAUCGCCAUCGGGAAGCGCCUGGCCACUUUGCCGACCAAAGAGCAGAAGACCCAGCGGCUCAUUUCGGAGCUGUCGCUGCUGAACCACAAGCUGCCGGCGCGCGCCUGGCUCCCGACGGCUGGCUUUGACCAUCACGUCGUGCGGGUGCCCCACACCCAGGCGGUCGUCCUCAACUCCAAGGACAAGGCCCCCUAUUUAAUCUACGUCGAAGUACUUGAAUGUGACAAUUUCGACACAGCGAAUGUGCCCGCUCGGAUCCCCGAGAACCGCAUCCGGAGCACCCGCUCGGCCGAGAACCUCCCCGAGUGCGGGAUCACGCACGAGCAGAGGACCAGCAGCUUCACCACCGUCCCCAACUACGACAACGACGACGAGGCUUGGUCGGUGGACGAUAUCGUGGAGCUGCAGGUGGAGCUGCCCGAGAUUCACACCAACAGCUGCGACAACAUCUCCCAGUUCUCCGUGGACAGCAUCACCAGCCAGGAGAGCAGGGAGCCGGUGUUCAUCGCUGCCGGAGACAUCCGGCGGCGGCUCUCGGAGCAGCUGGCACACACCCCCACCUCCUUCAAGAGGGACCCCGAGGACCCGUCCGCUGUCGCCCUGAAGGAGCCCUGGCAGGAGAAAGUCAGGAGGAUCCGGGAAGGGUCCCCCUACGGCCACCUGCCCUCCUGGCGCCUCCUCUCCGUCAUUGUCAAGUGCGGGGACGACCUCCGGCAGGAGCUGCUCGCCUUCCAGGUGCUCAAGCAGCUGCAGUCCAUCUGGGAGCAGGAGCGCGUGCCGCUCUGGAUCAAGCCAUACAAAAUCCUCGUCAUCUCCGCCGACAGCGGCAUGAUUGAGCCAGUCGUGAAUGCUGUGUCCAUCCACCAAAUCAAGAAGCAAUCCCUGCUUUCGCUGCUGGAUUAUUUCCUGCAAGAACAUGGCAAUUACAACACCGAAUCCUUCCUGACGGCGCAGAGGAAUUUCGUGCAGAGCUGUGCCGGUUACUGCCUGGUGUGCUACCUGCUGCAGGUCAAGGACAGGCACAACGGCAACAUCUUGCUGGACGCGGAUGGACACAUCAUCCACAUCGACUUUGGGUUCAUCCUCUCCAGCUCCCCCAGGAACCUUGGCUUUGAGACGUCUGCCUUCAAACUCACCACGGAAUUUGUGGAUGUGAUGGGCGGGCUGGACGGGGACAUGUUCAACUACUACAAGAUGCUGAUGCUGCAGGGUCUCAUCGCUGCCCGGAAGCACAUGGACAAAGUCGUGCAGAUCGUGGAGAUCAUGCAGCAGGGGUCGCAGCUCCCCUGCUUCCACGGCUCGAGCACCAUCCGCAACCUGAAGGAGCGGUUCCACAUGAACAUGACGGAGGAGCAGCUGCAGCUGCUCAUCGAGCAGAUGGUGGACGGCAGCAUGCGCUCCAUCACCACCAAGCUCUACGACGGCUUCCAGUACCUCACCAACGGCAUCAUGUGAGGGGCCACCGGGCUCCCGCGCUGGCUCCGCGCCGCCGCCGGCCCAGGCCCGAGCUUUGCCCCCGGGGAAGGGGGCUCGGUCCUCCACGGUAAAAAGGCGGCCGAGUCUCAGCAUCUUCCCAGCACUGCUUUUGCCAAGACUCCUCAACAAAAUGCAACAAGGAAAAACGAAGCAGGCGAAGCAGGGGGGGAAAAAAAAAAAAAAAAAAAAAAAAAAAAAAAAAGAAAACCACCCCCGCACCCCACAGGUGAAAAUGGAAACGGAAGGGCUCAGGCGGUAACGGCCGCUGCCCGGCGAGCGCGGGGUGACCGGGGGGAGCGCUCAGCCCCGCGCUCCCGCCUCUUCCUCCCGGCAGUAUUACGCCCGUCGGUGUCCCGUGAACUCUCCCACAAGCUCAUGAAAUAUUUAGGACCUGGGGAGGGGGGGGACACGGGCCUGGCCCCCCCCCGCGGCAGCGCUGUGACCGGCACCAGGCGGAGGUGAACCCCGGCGGCCCCUUCCCUGCAUGUUCCCCUGCCGCGGCCUCAGCGUUACCCUGCCCCCCCCCCGCCCCUUUUUCUUUAUUUCUCACCCCCCUUUCCACCCCCCCAGCCAUCUUUUAAUGAAAGCUGAAUGUCCCCGAGUCCAGCCCAACUGCAGCGCCCAGGUUGGGGGUUCUGGGGCUGGUACCCCCCCCCGGGAGGGGGGGGGAGUGUAGGUGCUGCCUCCUCCUUUUUUUUUUUUUUUUGACUGUGUUCCAGGAAUUUGGGACUGUGAAGCUUCUUUCUCCUCCCCCCUGCCACUUUUGCAAUAAUUUCUGGCUGCUUUUCCUUGCCCAGUGUCAGGCAGGGGUGGGGGGGGGCGAGUCUGCAGCUGGGCUGGGGGGGCCCGUUCUACCCCCUGGAGGUGGGGGGGGGGUGGACUUUCACCAAAAGCUCUGGGCCAGGAAGGAGCCUGGUGCCUUCCUGGGGGCCCCAGGUGAAGGAAAAAGGGGCAGCCCAAAAGUUUUAACCCCUACAGGCUCCUGGGCGCCCAGCAGGGGCCCCCCCCACUCCCUUUAAGAGCAGUGCCCCCCCCCGCCCCCCCCCAGGCUCAGCCUGUCCUGCUGGUCAGAUGGUGACACCCUGAGCGUUGUCCCCUCCCGGAGCCCCCCCUCGCCCAGUGCGCCGGCCUGUGACCCCUGAUGGCCUCGGUCUCUUUGUUUAGCACUAAUUAUUUGUCACGUUGAUUAUUUAGCAUUAAAAAAAUCCAAAAAUUCUAUUUUAAAAUGCUGAGGAGCUGCCAGUGGCCACCUGGGGGGGGGGGGUGUUAAUUGGGGGUGGUCCCCAGGCCAAGGGGACCCUAAACCUGGGCUCACAGGCACUUGCAGACCUUGUUUGGGGGUGUCGUCCCCCCCCCCCCACUCCCCAUCCCAGAGAUGCAGCCGGGGGGGCUCAGGAGCCCCACAGCCUCUCUGGGGAAGCAGGGGGGGGCAGUGGGGGGGGGGGACACUCAGCCCCUUCACCCCCAGUUUGGGGCAGGACCAACACGGUUGUGAUGGGGUGGGGGGACACAGGACCCCUCCCGGGCCACACGCGGGGCCAGGUAAGCAAGACAGGGCACAGCAGGGGUUAAACCACUAAAAGUUUAAUUGCAUUAUUACUACAAGAAUAAAGGAUACCUGAGAGCC